AUGGCUCUUCGAUUAUCUGCGAAAAGAGUGACAGCUGCUUUGAAAGCUGGAAAUGUAUCACCGGUUGUCAAUGGCUACAUGAAAAGAAAUGCCUCACAAGCAAUGGCCUAUGCUACAAAUAGUGACGCCAAUAUAUCGCAUCCAGAUCCUUCACCAAAUUCACAAACAGCACAUCUCAUCGGAGAACAAGCUCCAUAUAUGGUUGCCACCUAUGUCCGACCACCACCAAUGUUUGUGAAGGGAGCAGGAUGUCAUCUUUGGGAUGUGGAAAACAGGAAAUAUCUGGAUUUCACAGCGGGUAUAGCAGUCAAUGCUCUAGGGCAUUGCGAUCCAGAAAUCGCAAAGAUAAUGUUAGAACAGGGAACAACUCUUAUGCAUACUUCCAACUUGUAUCACAAUCCAUGGACCGGGGCCCUCUCUAAACUUCUCAUUGAGAAGACUCUUGAAUCGAAUUCAAUGCACGAUGCGCAAGCUGUCUUCAUCUGCAACUCGGGCAGUGAAGCUAAUGAAGCUGCCAUAAAGUUCGCUAGAAAGACCGGAAAGGUCGUUGAUCCAUCAGGAGACAAGCAUGAAGUCGUUUCAUUCCAAAACUCUUUCCAUGGUCGAACCAUGGGGUCAUUAUCUGCCACCCCAAACCCUAAAUAUCAAAAACCAUUUUCUCCAAUGUUACCUGGAUUCAAAUAUGGAACAUACAAUGAUGUGGAUGCUAUCAAGGAUUUGGUUACGGAGAAGACCUGUGGUGUUAUAGUAGAGCCAAUUCAAGGAGAGGGUGGUGUAAUUGUGGCUACCGAUGAAUUCCUUACCGCACUCGCAGCUCGUUGUCGUGAGGUUGGUGCAGUCCUCAUUUAUGAUGAAAUUCAAUGUGGACUUUCACGAACGGGAAUCUUCUGGGCCCAUGCUUCAUUACCAAAAUCAGCCCAUCCAGACAUCAUUACUACCGCCAAGGCACUCGGAAAUGGUUUCCCCAUUGGAGCAACAAUUGUCAAUAAGAAUGUAACGGAGAAGAUCAAGGUUGGUGAUCACGGAACUACAUUUGGUGGAAAUCCACUAGGAUCCAGGAUAGCUCAUUACAUUGUCUCUCGACUAUCUGAUGCAUCUUUACAAAAAGAUGUCCUCAAGAAGUCAGAAAUAUUUAAGAAGCAUUUCCAAGCCUUACAAUCCAAGUACCCAGAACUGGUCAAAGAAAUCAGGGGCAAAGGAUUACACUUGGGAUUACAACUUAGCCAAGACCCUACACCUAUCGUCACAGCUGCUAGAGAGAGAGGUUUAUUGAUUAUCACUGCUGGAACCAACACUUUGAGAUUUGUACCAAGCUUGAAUAUCACCGAGCAAGAAAUCGAAGAGGGGUUCAGCAUUUUGUCUGAAGCAAUGAGGAUCGUUACUUCUCCAGUAGAGGAGCCACAGGGAGCUCAGGUUCAUGGUGAAGUAGAUUCGCCAAAUUAA